ACCCUGCUCCUAAGCUGCGCAGCUUUGACUGAAAGCAGCAUUGUGGACACGGCGCCCACCUCCGCUCCUCUGGCUGUGCUUUUCUUUGCACAAGCAGCCAUUACAGCUGAGAUACAAAAGUUAUUUUUUGUCGCUUUUUCGUGGUGCUAGUGCUUUUUUUAAUAUAUAUAUUUCUGUCUCACCACGGCACGGAGCGGAGCGGAGGCAUUCGGUGCGUGGCGCAGCGCGACAGUGCGGUGUCCGAUUACGAACCGUGCGCCGGGCAGGUUGGACCCGGCACGGAGCGCUUCCCCGUGGGGCAGAAAUAUCACACGGGGCUCCGGAGGGACGGGACAGAGUGCAGAGGGAUCUCUGUAUAGACAGAAGGAGUUUUUGUUUGAGUUUAAUUAUUAUUUUUUCUCCAACGUGGCCGGCAUUCUCAGAGACACACACAAGCUGUAAGGAUAUUUCAUCUCCAGAUCCUCUUCAUUUUCAAUCACCUCAUCACUAUUCCCACCGGGACAAGAACACGCAGCUCCACUCAGUGCUAGAUGAACGGGAGUUGGACACUUUACUUGGUGUCUCGUCUCGCUCUUGGCCUCUGAGGCCUGAAGAGAAACAAGUCCAGCCCAGGCCCUCAUGGGACGCUCUUUUACCCAACAUGCACUGCUGCUGCUGCAGUGCAUGUUGGUCCUCCGCCCUUGCGGUGUGGCCAGUAGGAGAGGGCCGGUGCUGCUGCCUGAGUCUCCCUGCCACAAGACGGAGCACCCACUCAUCCCAAACUCAGAGAUGGAGCCAUGGAUCUUCAGGUUCAAAGCAGAGGGCACGGUGGAUUAUUCACAGCUGACCUUUGACCCUGGCCAGAAUGAACUGAUUGUCGGCGCCAGAAAUCACCUCUUCAGGCUCAACCUUGAAGACCUGACAUUGAUCCAGGAGGCCGAAUGGCACUGUGAUGAGUUCACCAAGGGAGCCUGCUUCAGCCGUGGAAAAUCCGAGGAGGAGUGCCAGAACUACAUUAGGGUGCUGCUAGUUAAUGGAAACAGGCUGUUUACCUGUGGAACCAAUGCAUUCACCCCCAUCUGCACCAAUCGAACGCUGACUAACCUAACGGAGAUCCACGACCAGAUCAGCGGGAUGGCUCGGUGUCCCUACAACCCGCUGCACAACUCCACCGCCCUAAUCACGUCCAGUGGGGAGCUCUAUGCCGCCACCGCCAUGGACUUCUCUGGGCGAGACCCGGCCAUCUACCGCAGCCUGGGCGGACUGCCGCCACUACGCACUGCCCAGUACAACUCCAAGUGGCUCAACGAGCCAAAUUUCGUCUCCUCCUAUGACAUCGGCAACUUCACUUACUUCUUCUUCCGAGAAAAUGCGGUGGAGCACGACUGCGGCAGGACUGUGUUCUCCCGAGCCGGACGCGUCUGCAAGAAUGACAUCGGUGGCCGCUUCCUACUGGAGGACACGUGGACCACCUUCAUGAAAGCCAGGCUGAACUGCUCCCGACCAGGAGAAAUCCCCUUCAACUACAACGAGCUGCAGGGGACCUUCUACCUGCCCGAGCUCGAGCUGCUCUAUGGCAUUUUUACAACUAACGUAAACAGCAUUGCUGCGUCUGCAGUGUGUGCCUUCAAUCUCAGCGCCAUAGCCCAGGUUUUUAACGGACCCUUUAAGUACCAGGAGAACUCACGCUCGGCUUGGCUGCCCUACCCCAACCCCAACCCAAAUUUUCAGUGCGGCACCAUCAACUCUGGCUCCUAUGUGAACCUGACUCAAAGAAACCUCCAGGAUGCACAGAAGUUUCUGCUGAUGCAUGAAGUGGUCCAGCCUGUGGUUCCUGUUCCAUAUUUCAUGGAGGACAAUGUGCGCUUCACUCAUAUUGCAGUGGAUGUGGUGCAGGGGAAAGACACACUGUUCCACAUCAUUUAUUUGGCCACUGAUUAUGGCACUAUCAGAAAAGUGCUGUCUCCUCUCAACCAGUCCAUGGGGAGCUGCCUAUUGGAGGAGAUCGAGUUGUUCCCGCCCAGGAAGAGGCAGCCGAUACGGAGCUUGCUGAUCCUGCACAGCCGCAGCGAGCUUUAUGUGGGCUUUAGGGACCAGGUCAUCAAGAUCCCGCUCAAGAGAUGCAGCUACCACAAGAGCAGAGAAGCGUGCGUCGGAGCCAGGGACCCAUACUGUGGCUGGGAUUUGUUGCUGAAAAAAUGCACCACCUUGGAGAAAAGUGUCAGAAUGAGCCAGUGGGAGCAGAGCAUCACAAAAUGUCCGGUCCGUAACGUUACAGUCGAUGGGGGCUUCGGUGCCUGGUCUGGCUGGUCCGCCUGCACCCACAGCGACGGAGGCAGCGCGGGGGCUUGUCUGUGUCGAACACGAGCCUGUGAUAACCCCGCCCCUCAGUGUGGUGGCCAGAGGUGCUACGGGAUCAGCGUGGAAGUCGCCAACUGCUCCAGGAAUGGAGCCUGGACUCCCUGGACUUCCUGGUCCCCCUGCAGCACCAGCUGCGGUAUAGGCUUCCAGGUGCGUCAGCGCUCCUGCAGCAACCCAGCCCCUCGCCACGGCGGGAGGGUGUGUGUCGGCCAGAACCGGGAGGAGCGGUACUGUAAUGAACACCUUCCCUGUCCGCCCCACGUGUACUGGUCGGCCUGGUCGGCUUGGGAACGUUGCAAUGUGCCCUGCGGAGGAGGCAUUCAGUCACGACGCAGAACCUGUGAAAACGGCAACGAUUGUCCAGGGUGUGGUCAGGAGUACCAGUCCUGCAACACCCUGCCAUGUCCUGACCUCAAGAAGACGACACCCUGGACUCCGUGGACGCCCGUCAAUAUCUCUGACAACGGCGGCCACUACGAGCAGCGUUUCCGCUACACUUGCAAAGCCCGCAUCCCUGACCCAAGUCUUCUGGAAGUGGGGAGACAGAGGAUUGAGAUGCGCUACUGCUCCAGCGACGGAUCCACUGGCUGCUCCACUGACGGUGAAGUGCUUCGUCUGGGGAGAAUCUCUGGCCACACUGUGAAUGGGGGCUGGUCAUCCUGGAGCUCCUGGUCUCAGUGCAGCAGAGACUGCAGCAGGGGAAUCCGGAGCCGAAAGAGGACCUGCAACAGCCCGGAGCCGCGGUACGGAGGUCAAACCUGCCUGGGCCCGGCACAGGAGUUUCAGGAGUGUAACAUCACUCCCUGUCCUGUGGAUGGCAGCUGGUCUUGCUGGUCGUCGUGGUCUAAGUGCUCUGUGACUUGCGGAGGCGGACACUACAUGAGGACGAGAACGUGCAACAACCCUCCCCCGGCGUACGGAGGAGACAUCUGCCUGGGACUCCACACGGAGGAGGCGCUGUGCAACACGCAGGCUUGUCCAGAGAGCUGGUCCAGCUGGUCUGAGUGGUCCCACUGCGACUCCAGCGGCGCCCAGCUGCGAGUGCGUCACUGCAAUGUCCUCUUCCCCACUGGCAACCAGUGCUCAGGAAACAGCAGCGAGACCAGGCCCUGCUCUCCUGACUCCAAUUUUAUACCAGAAGUCUCCAUCGCACGCUCCAGUCAGGAGGAGAGGCGCUGUGGAGAUUUCAACCUUUUCCACAUGAUCGCCGUGGGCCUCAGCAGCUCCAUCCUUGGCUGCCUGGUCACCCUGCUCGUCUACUCUUACUGCCAGCGCUACCAGCAGCAGUCCCACGACGCCACCGUCAUCCACCCCAUCUCCGCCGCGCCGCUCAAUACCAGCAUCACCAACCACAUCAACAAACUGGACAAAUACGACACCGUGGAAGCCAUCAAGGGCUUCAACAAAAACAAUCUGAUUCUGGAGGAAAGGAAUAAGUACUUCAACCCACAGCUUGCCGGGAAGACUUAUACCAAUGCAUACUUCUCCGAUCUCAACACCUAUGAUGACUAUUAACCCCAGACCUCUAUAGCGGAGAUCACUACUACCCUGUUGUCCAGUUUGACUGUUUCAACGUUCCUUGUGCUUUGUAUUGAGAUUUGUAACACCUUCUGCGCGGCAGUCCCACUUCGGAGCUCGAUGGCAGCUGGGAUGUAACGAAAACACGAACACUCUGGUGUUGCCAAUUGGAGGAAAUGCCCACUUUCUCUCAGGUGCCUUUGGGGGUACACUUGGAAUAGCUGGACUCGCAAAGAGAAAUGGACAACUUGGAUCUCCAAUGCUCUGGGUGCUUUGGCGGGGUGUCAUCCCAUCUGAUUUUUUUUUUGUUUGUUUGUUUUUUUUUCUGAGGCCCCUAGAACAGACAAGCAAUUGUAACUAUGGGAAAUGACCACAAACUGCUUUGCAUGACUUCAUCCGACGUGUUCGCUCUGCUGUCCCCGUUGCAGUUUGCAUGAUGGAUCACAUUCCAGGGUUCCAGAGACAGUUUUUAUGCUGCUCUUGGUUAUGGGAUUAUCUUCAGAGGUCCUAAAACAAAAUAGUCUGUGGGAAUGACCGGUGGUUUUUACCAUUUGCUCCAACGGAAAAGUCCAACCUGACAGUUGGGUCAAUGUCCAACUCCAGUCGUAGAAUCAGGAUGUAGAUAUUUGAUGUCUGUGGUCAACAUUGUUUAUCUUAUUGUUUGAUUUUUUUGCUUCAUCAUUUUUACAGCAGCUAGAAAAAUAAACAAGCUAUCAAUGUAAAAAAAAAACAAUAUAUAUAUGUUUUCGUUUUUUAUGUUUUUGUACAGGUAAUUUUGUUUAAAGCCUAUGUCUAGAUUUUCUAUGCAUUUACUCACCAGUUCAAGUGUUUAGAGAAAAGCAGCAUUGUGUUUGCAUUAUGGCAAUUAUUUGGGAGUAUUCAUAGCAGGUUGAAUCAAUUAAGUCGUUCCCAUUGUACUUUUUAUAAAUAUUUUGUAAAAGAAAAAGGGGAAAAAAACACAUUGUUUUUGAAUUUUGAUAGUGUUCACUAUUUUUUUGGGGCUUCUAAGUUAUGUGUUUGUGAAAGCAGGAUGUUAUCGGCAUUAACUAUACAGAUGGAGCGUAGCAAGUACUGUUUUCCCGAAUCCCAGCUUCAGUGCUACUCAUGUACCGUAAUCUUACUUUUUUAUCUACUUGGUUCCUUUUGGUUUAGUUGCGACUAACUCUUUUUACAUGUUUGCUUGUAUUUUUGUGCAUAAAUUAAAAAAAAGCUUCCUACAAGA